AUGGUGAGUAUCAAGUUUUUGAGGAUUGAAUGCAGCAAAAGGCAUGAGCUUCUACGUCGACCGAAACUUUUUUUCAUUCUGCCGGGCGGGAGCGGCGGUGUUGUGGUCUGUGCUGAGGGUGAGGUACCCAGUACUUUGUCCAAAUGGAGGAUCUAG